GGCAAGAAGUUGGGUAAAUCAUCCUUCCAAAACUACCUCUAUACAUCAAUAUUAGUACACUGCCUAAAAAUAAACAACCAUUUUUUUUACUUAGGCAACUAGAAUAUUAAUUUCUUUAACAAAUUCAGGACAACUAGACCACUUCUGAAAGCCAAACUCAGGCCUGCAUGUGAGGGAACAAUGUAAGAUUUAGAAAAACAGAAGUAGAACCAGGCAUGGUGGCCCAUGCCUUUAGUUGUAGCACUAAUGAGGCCGAAAAAGGUGGGUUUUAGGUCAGCCAAGGGCUACUAAGAUUCUCUUUUAAUUUUUUUAAGAGAGAAAGAAAGGCAAAAUAGAAAUAGUCAACUACUUCUCUUCACAUUAAAGCAUUUUUUUAUUCAUUUCUUAUACAUUUCACCCUGCCCCCACAGUUUCCCCUCCCUGCAUUCCUCACUUACUCCCUGAACCUCCCCUCUUCCUUAAAUCCACUGUUUUCCUUUCUUUCAAAUUCUUGUCUUUCCUUUCCGAAACAGAAAGGAGCAGGUCUCCUAGUGGAAUGCGGCAUUUAUUUAGGAUCUUUUCUGCAUUGAUCUUAUAUUACUUUUAGUAAUUGGAUAUAUAUAUAUAUAUAUCAGAGGAAUUGUCUGGAAAAAGCCAAGAAACUAUGUGGCCAGUUUGUCUUCUGUUUCUCACUUGAGGACUUUGCCAGGACCCCUGCUAGGGAUUACGGUGACAGCAGGGCCUAUGUCACUUCCUUUCCCUUGGGCUUUUGGACUUCACCCAGAGUUGUUUUGCCAAAGGGCUGAGAGCCCUUCUCUUCUCAGUACACCAGUCAUCAAAUUGUAAUCAUGUGUAGAAGUAAUGUUCCUUUUCAGACUUGUUUUUUGGGAGACCCAAAAACAGUCUUUUGGAAGACACUGAAUAGAAUGUUGACAAGGUAAAUGGGAUGUCUAUGGGACAUGGCAUGUCUGCCAAGGCUCUGUCUACUGGCUUUAUCCACAGAACAGAAGGCUUGGUGGACUCCUUUUCUCAGGGACUGGAAAGGCCAUACUCUGUUAGCAGCAGCAUCCUGCAGGGCAUCGAGCCAUGGCUGAAGAAUUUCCAUCAGCUCCUGCUCAACCCGCCAAAGAAAAAAGCAAUCCUGACCACUAUUGGUGUGCUAGAGGAGCCCCUGGGGAAUGCUCGUCUUCAUGGUGCACGCCUCAUGGCUGCACUGCUGCACACAAACACGCCCAGCAUCAACCAGGAACUCUGCCGUCUCAACACCAUGGACUUGCUGCUGGUGAGUCAGCACCAUGGCCAGCGGUGCUUGUCUGUACGUGUCAUGCGCAGUCUGCAGUUGAACAUGGAGAUGGAUCAGGAGCACAGGAUAGAGUUC